AUGGGAACCACUGGUUGCUCCGCCCGAACUUCCUUGGACAGAGUCAUGGCCAAACUGGAAAGCGUGGGCAUUAAUUUCUUGGCAUUGGACUUUGAUCAGACCAUACUGGACACACACACGGGAGGACGAUGGACGGGAUCCAGUGACGAAUUGAUUCCACAUGUACGACCCGUCUUUUCCAAUCUCAUUCAAGCCGCUACUUCCGGUCGCAUUCAAGUGGCCGUGGUGACAUUUACCGGACAAGUCAAACUCGUCAAGGCCGUCCUCGAGUCGAUUGUGGGACAACAGGGAGCAGAACGAAUACCCAUUCGAGGGAAUGAUCGUUCCUGGCAAUACGUCGGAGACGGAUCCAUGGAUGGAAAACAACCCCACAUGGCGUCGGCCUGUGAAGAAUUACUGACCAACAAUCCAGGCAUCAAAAUUACCAAAAACACGACACUUCUCAUUGACGAUGAUCCCAAAAAUAUUCGACAUGCGUUGGCCGAUGGAACCAGAGCCAUUUGGUUCAAUCCACACCAUCCCAAUAAACUCUACUCGGACAUUGUCAAUCAAUUAGAGUAA